AUGUUACAACCAAUCUCUUCUCAUAUUAAAACAAAGAAUAAUGUAUAUUCGAUUUUCGGUGACUCUAAACCAUUUCAAGAUUAUCCCGAUCCGAGUUUAUUACAACACGAGGAGUUCCAAUAUUUAAAACACGCUAACGAUAUUUUAAAAACAGAGGAAUUGCUAUGGUUCCUUAGGGGUCAAACUGAUUCAAAAAUUUUAGAGCGAGAUAAUGUCAAUAUUUGGAAGGAUAACGCUUCGAAGGAAUUCUUGGAAAAAAGAGGACUCAAGGACUACCAGGAAGGAGACCUAGGUCCCAUUUACGGCUUUCAAUGGAGACACUUUGGAGCUGGUUAUAAAAACUGUCACACGGAUUAUUCCAACAAAGGUAUUGAUCAGAUCAAAAACUUAAUCGAAAUGAUCAAAAAAGAUCCCACAUCCCGUCGGCUUAUUGUUUCAGCUUGGAAUCCCAUGGCAAUCGACAAAAUGGCGCUUCCACCGUGCCAUGUAUUGUCGCAAUUUCACGUAGAUGCGGUCAAAAAAGAAAUCUCAUGCGCAUUGUAUCAAAGAAGCGGAGAUUGGGGUUUAGGUGUUCCAUUUAAUAUCGCAUCAUACGCACUACUUUGUCAUAUUAUUGGAAAACUCACUGGUUACAAACCAAAAGAGCUCGUUCAUUUUGUGGCGAACGCGCAUAUUUACGCGAACCACGAAGAUUCGAUUCGAUCACAGUGCAAUAAAGUACCGAACCCAUUUCCAGAAAUCCAAAUCAAUCACAUUGACGACAUUGCCGAUAUUACUAGUAACGAUAUUAAAUUGCGUAAUUACGUGCCGAAGAAAGCGAUAAAAAUGAGUUUUGUUGUAUAA